AUGACUGCUGAACUUCGUGCUUUAGAAGCUAAUUCCACCUGGACUCUUGAGCCCCUCCCUCCUGGUAAGAAACCCAUUGGGUGCAAAUGGGUUUUCAAAACCAAACUCCAAGCCGACGGAUCUAUCGAGCGCUACAAAGCUCGGCUCGUUGUCUUGGCCGUUGCCGCUACUAAGAAUUGGAUUAUUCAUCAGCUCGACGUCAACAAUGCCUUCUUGCACGGUGAUCUUGAUGAAGAAGUCUACAUGACUCCACCUCCCGGUUUUCACUCGUCUCAGGCAGAUCAUUCUUUAUUUACCCUCACCACCUCUACCAGCAUUGUUCUUGUCCUUGUUUAUGUUGAUGACAUCCUAGUUGCUGGUAACGACCUUUCUCAGAUUGAGAUUUUCAAAAGAAUCCUCUCCACUCACUUCAAAACAAAGGAUCUCGGUUCUCUGAAGUACUUUCUUGGACUCGAAGUUGCACGGUCUUCCACAGGCAUCUUCCUUAAUCAACGCAAAUAUGCCCUCGACAUUCUCUCUGACAGUGGCCAACUUGGUGCACGGACUGCUCUCUUUCCUAUGGAGCAACAUUUGAAGCUUACUGCUCAAGAUGGCGACCUCCUCCCUGAUCCUGGCCUUUAUCGUCGUCUUGUUGGUCGCCUUAUCUAUCUGACCAUCACUCGACCCGACAUUGUUUAUGCAGUCAACACACUCAGUCAGUUUAUGCACGCUCCUCAAGUUCCCCACAUGACCGCUGCUAUUAGAGUUCUCCGCUACAUCAAAGGCUGUCCGGGUCAAGGCAUCUUCUUUCCUUCAUCCAACAGUACUCAUGUUUCAGCUUAUACCGAUUUUGAUUGGGCCAGCUGCCCCACCACCCGUCGUUCCACCACCGGCUAUUUUAUUCAGUUGGGCACCAGUCCACUCUCAUGGCGCACCAAGAAACAAAGUACAGUUUCUCGUUCUUCUGCUGAAGCUGAGUAUCGUGCUAUGGCCGUCACCACCUGUGAACUCACCUGGUUAAAAUAA